CCCAAUCAAUUUGACCAUAUUUAAUCUAUGAAUUCGUUAUUCAAAAUCACUUUAAAUCACACUCUCCCCUUCAAAUCAAACUCUGCAAAGACUUGAAUCGGAAAAUUGAUUCCACGCCGGCAAAGAUAAGAAGAAAUAAUCGAAAAAAGCAGAAACAUGUCUGAGGCGAUCAUCGUGGAGGCGAAACAGGAUCUGGAGAGGUAUCUUGAGAAUUAUGAUGGAAAAUAUAAAUGGGCAAUGAAUGAGGUAACAAAUGAGCUGAGCAUGAUGCUGGAUUUCAUGAGAGACGAGGAAUCCGGAGAGAGGAGCCGCCUUAAAUAUUUGCUUGCUGACUUUGCCGAGAUUGCUCUAAACUCUGCGGACCUCACAAGAUACACUGCUGAGGACAUUCCCUUUAUUGAAAUCGGCAUUGACAUGUUUUUACAACAGUUUCCGGUAAUGCUCGACGUUUUGAGAAUGAUAAAAAAGCGCAUGAUGGAGUUUGAAGUUGGCGUUGGAAAAGAAGAAGAAGCAGAAGAAGAAGAAGGAGGAACGGUCGUGGUGGUGGGCUUGGAGAAAGACGUGAAGCAACUUAUUGAGAGAGCGAUUCUUGUCGAGAAGACAGACCUCGUGAGUGUGGGUAUCAAAGGCAUGGUGGGCGUUGGAAAGACGACUCUUGCCAAGCAAGUCUACAACCAUGCGGCCUAUUAGAAAUGGGCCACUCACCCCUUAAAAGGCCUCAUAAGGGGGAGGGUUAUCCACACUUAUAUAGAGAAGCUAGGAUCAUCACCAAGCCGAUGUGGGACAAGAUAUUAGA